GGCCUGAAUGACACACCAUCAUUCAGACAUUCACAGCUGAACAAUGGACUUUACAUUAUUAUUAGAAUGAUUAAGCCACGAACAUAAAAAAUUACCAAAAAUUGAAAAACAGUGUUCAUUACAAAAAAGUCGCGUUACUGUUCACGGGAGAGGCUGGGUGAUUCCCUGCGGUACAGUUCAUGUGAGCACAUGUUUAUUAAUUUUGGGCAGAUCAAGUGUUGCCGUUCAUAUGACUUUUAGUUUGUCAGAUGUCAUGAGCUCAUAAAGAAAUAGUUGCACCUAAUCAGUCACACCCUUAAAAAAAAAUGGUGGGCCCUACCUACCAAACCUUCUUGCUUCUCUCUCACUCUCGAGAGCUCUUUCCCCUUUUCAUUCAAUCCCCAAUUAACCACCUUCCAUCUCCGAAUCAAUGAAAGGAAACCAGCGGGAGCAGGUGGCGACAACCGAUUUUCCAUCUCCGAAGCCGCUGAACGGACGGCACGACGGCUGGAGAGUGAUGAAGAAAGAUUUCCCAUGGAAAUCCCGUUUUUUCUUUUCGACGAAAUUGAAGCACAUGCUCUAUUCUCUGCAAAAUCGGAGCCGCGAGAAAGCCCGAUACUCCCCACCGUCGACUCCCUGGCGAUUGGACAAGUAAAUCAAGUUGGCCAUGGAAUGCAUGCAGUCAUCGAUCUUCCUCCUCCUUCCUACAGGCAAGAUCUAUUGCCCUUUUUGGGACAGAGAGCUAGCUAGAGAACAAUAGAAAGGGAAAAGUAAGAGAUCGAACCCAGAGAAGACGAAGCGGCCGCAGUGUGCUUCCAUUCCCGUUACAAAGAACGUUUCCUUUGUUAAUCGCAGUCAUUCCUUCUCAGCUGCCACAUCUAAUCCGUGGACUAGAUCUCAAAUUGGCAGGGGAGAAGGAGCGAAUAUACACCGGAUUCUGUUGGAUCGAGGAGAGGAGGAAUCAACUACAUUUUUUACU